CGCGCGCCUUCGAAGGCGCUGUUUCAGCGGCAACUUGUGUAUGCGCGGGUUGUUGUUCGUGGUACUGGUGGCACAGUGUUACGCGACCUUGGUAGCCGCUGGUAUCGUAACGAGACUAUCGCGAAGUCAUUUCUUCGCGGAGAGAAGUACGAGUGUUCUUGAAUACCGUUGAGCGGACCCGUCGAAUAUGUCGCCGCGACCGGAGGUAGUGCCGCAGGAGAAGCUGGAGAAACCGUCGAGAGGAGUGAAUGCCGUGCUCCUGGGACCACCUGGUAGCGGCAAGGGCACUCAGGCCCCGCUGUUUAAAGACAGGUACUGCGUGUGCCACCUGUCUACAGGCGAUAUGCUUCGAGCAGAGAUACAGUCGGGUUCGUCCCUCGGCGCUGAGAUCAAGAAAGUGAUGGACGAGGGCAAGCUGGUCCACGACGACCUGGUGGUUAGCAUGAUCGAGAGCAAUCUGGAGAAACCAGAGUGCAAGCGCGGCUUCCUGCUGGACGGCUUCCCGAGGAACGUCGCUCAGGCGCAGAAACUCGACGAGAUGCUCGGCAAGAGGAAAACGAAGCUGGACGCCGUAAUCGAGUUCGGGAUCGGCGACAACGUGUUGAUCAAGAGGAUCACCGGCAGGCUGAUACAUCCCGCCAGCGGCAGGUCCUACCACGAAGAAUUCGCGCCGCCCAAGGUUCACAUGAAGGACGAUAUCACCGGGGAACCUUUGAUCAAGAGGUCGGACGACAACGCGGAGGCUUUGAAAAAACGCCUGGUAACAUAUCACACGCAGACCCAGCCGUUGGUCGACUAUUACGCUCUGCAAGGGAUUCAUCACUACGUCAACGCUGCGCAAGCCACCGACAAGGUGUUCAAGGACAUCGAUAAGAUCUUCCUGAGGUCCACCAAGCAGCAAGAGAAGAAGAAGAGCUUCUUCAGCUUCUUCUAGAAUACUGCCAGCGGAAGAAAUAAAGAGAGAGGAAGAGAGAGGGGGGAGACGAAAGAUGGAGAAAAUCCUUCCAGAACAUUGUGUUAGAACGUUGCGGUAAUGGAUAGCCGGUGAACGCGUCAGCACCGUAAAAAUAAUAGUAUUCCGAUCCUCCGACGCGCCAGUUCCCGUCGAGGUCGAUCUCCCUCUCGAGAUUAAUCUCGGUAACACGCGUCACGUUCACACGCCUCGGACGAUGUAUCACGUAGCAAUAUGUCAAACCACGUUUUAGUAGCAUUCCGUACGAGGGCAGGCGCAAUUUUUUUAAUAGGGCGCGUGACGCGCCACAAGGCUAUAAAUCGAAUGCACAUGACUCGUCGACGCGAGUCGAGAAAAGUAAGAUUGUAAAAUAUAUACACGUGUAACGCCGAAGAUUAAUGUUGGUAGAGAACGAAACGGACACGUUUGUACAUACAUAUAUACGUACGCUACACGAGAGAGGUAGAGGAAGAGAGUGGGAGAAAGAAAGAGAGAUAAAGCAUUCUGCUUUAUCGUCAUCAUGAAUGAUUCUUCCACGCGAUACUUUACGAUUGCGUGUGCACGACGCACACACGGGAGAAAGUAUUGAUCACAUAUCUCGAUUCGUUCUUUAUUUUUAUCCGUCGCGAAGGACUCGCCGGUUUAAGACGCAGCGUAAUUGGUAUCACGGACGAACGAAAGCUCGGCCAGCUGCUCAUGUGCACACUUCCCACGUUUCGGCGUUACUACUUUUGGACUGCGGUUCGCACUCGUAUCCCGCAUUUAGCAUUAUAAAGGUAGCUAUUUGAUUAUUUUUAUUUUUUUAUUCUAUUUGAUUCUUUUUAUUUACUUAUAUACAUACAUACAUACAUAUAUAUAUAUAUAUAUAUGUCAUAUAUAUAUAUAUAUAUAGGUAAGACUUGAGUAGGGUCGAUUAAAAUUGGAGAUGUUACACAACUUUUUUAUAAUUAUAUAUAAAAUAUAGUUGCACAACUAUAUAUAAGAUUAUAAAUAUUAAUUAUAACUAUGCUGUGUAUAGUUAUAAUUCUAGAUGCAAUUUGCGGACCCGGGAUGUUAUCGCCGCGUUUAUUGUUAAAUGCGGGAUUUGAAUGUGGACCGACGACUAUACUCGCGAUUAUGCUCUUUCGAUCACGUUUCGUCAGAGAAACACCGACGGACGCGCAAUCGCGAUCACAACUGUUGUACAAACACACGAAACAGAACAUACCACGUUGCUGUCGCCAUGCCUACGUUACUUUCGGGGACUCAAUUUUACGAGAGUACGAACGAAGCGCAACAUAGAUCAGAGUCUAUUUUACAUAAUAGCAGAGUAAUGCAAAUAUAUUCUGGUAUAACACUAUAUAUACCCGAUGUACAUGAUAGAAAUCCUAAAUCUGAAUAUUUUCCGGGAGAAAAGGAGUGAGUCUGUAUGAAAAUAAAUCGUUCUGCGAAAUCGUUA